AUGUCCAGCGCGUCCGCCCGCCUCGCGCCCCCGGCGGCCCCCGGCAAGCGCCCGACCACCUCCGGAGGCGCGCACGCCGCGUGCACCGGGCCGCCCCUCCGCCGCCCGCUGGCCCCGCACGCCCGCCGGCCCCACUCGCCACUUCCGAGGAACACCGUUGCGAGGUACAAUGUCGGCGGUGACGGCACCGCGGGGCGUCAGAGCUGGCAGGCGAAGCGCGGGGGCACCGUGCCGAAUAGCGCGGCGUCGGCGCCGCCGGAGCUGGCCGCGCCCGCGCGCGCGGACGCCGCAGACACGGGGCUGUACUUCUCGAUGUACAACUGCCAGGACGUCCGGGCCGUCGCGGACGCGUUCGACAGGCUCCCCGUCGACCCGUACCGGCCCAGCCAGUACCGUCGAUUCAACCGCAUGACGUACAACCCGUCGAAAGGACACCUCAAGGUGGACCCGAACAGCUCGUUCGCGCAGGCGUCGCACUACAACGCGUUCAACCGCGGCGACAUGCGGUACUACGAGCCCAUCGAGGACGCCACGUGGCAGCACCCGGGCUUUAAGAAGCUGCUCGAGUCCUUCGUGGACCAGGUGCUCAAGAACGACCCGCAGCGCCGCGCCGUCGCGGAGGCCGGCAAGGACCUGGACGACAUCUACGUCUUCUUCAUCCGCACCGUCUGCGCGCCGAACAGCGACCCGCAGUACCAGAAGGCGGGGUUCCCGACGCCCGAGGGCAUCCACCAGGACGGAAUGGACUUUGUUAGCAUCACGUGCGUGUCCCGCGACAACAUCCGCGGCGGCAUCUCCUCGCUGUACUACGACAAGGAGGACCCCGAGCCGUUCACCGCGCUCGAGCUGCCCCCCGGGUUCACGCUCCUGCUGAACGACCGCAUCAUCUACCACCACGUGAGCAAGAUCGAGCCGCUCAACCCCGAGGAGUGGGGCACGCGCGACAUCAUCGUGCUCACGUUCAACAACCUCGACAACCCGUCCUGCGUCCCGGGACCCACCGAGCCGCACCCGUAG